CGCCUCCGCCGCGCGCGCUGGCAUGACGUCACUUCCUCCGGCGACCCCCUUCCCGACCCUGCUCCCCUGAUCCGUGUCAAAGGCUCAGGACCCGCGGAGGUGCACCUUGCCCGCUCCCUCCUGGGGGCGGCGGCCGGGGGGCUGCCAUGGCCCCCAGCCAACUGUCGGUGCGGGAGAUGAGGGAAGAUGAGAAGCCCCUGGUGCUGGAGAUGCUGAAGGCUGGCGUAAAGGACACAGAAAACCGCGUGGUCCUCCAUGCUCUGACCCGGCCGCCUGCCCUGCUCCUCCUGGCAGCGGCCAGCAGCGGCCUGCGCUUCGUCCUGGCCUCCUUCGCCCUGGCCCUCCUACUGCCUGUGUUCCUGGCUGUGGCUGCAGUGAAGCUGGGCCUGCGAGCCCGCUGGGGCUCCCUGCCUCCCCCAGGUGGCCUGGGGGGACCCUGGGUGGCUGUGCGGGGCUCUGGUGAUGUGUGUGGUGUGGUGGCACUGGCUCCUGGUACCAACACAGGGGAUGGAGCGCGAGUCACCCGCCUCUCGGUCUCUCGAUGGCACCGCCGCAGGGGCGUGGGCCGCAGGCUGCUGGCCUUUGCUGAGGCCCGGGCACGAGCCUGGGCGGGAGGCAUGGGGGAACCUCGAACCCGGCUAGUUGUCCCCGUGGCUGUGGCAGCAUGGGGGGCUGCAGGGCUGCUGGAGGGCUGCGGUUACCAGGCGGAGGGGGGCUGGGGCUGCCUGGGCUACACACUGGUACGGGAGUUCAGCAAGGACUUGUGACUCAACUUCUUUGCAGCCCCUGGUGGUUUGGGGAGGGAGGCACCUAAUGAGCACUUGUGAGCCAGGCAUUUCACGUUGACUCCCUCCUGACUCCCCCCUCCCAGGACCCCAUGCAGGCCUGCUGAGGGCUGGAGACCCAGACACCUCUUCACCCAGCAUUCCCCAGCAUGCAGUGUCUGGAGUCAAAGCAGAAUGGCUGCCCGGGGUCGCCCCGCCCUCCCUCCCUCCCUCCCUCCCUCCCUCCCUCCCUCAGACUGCAUGGGAAAUUCGUCUGUCUGUCCUCAGACCUGGGAGGGAUCUUUGGGGAGAGGGAAGAGUUAAGAUUUAGGACAGAGUAAUCCCAAAAGGGACAAGGCCCCCACUGGUGGGCACAGGGCCUUCGGACCCAUCUGGUUUUUUUUACACCAUUUGUUAAUAAAGCCUGGAACCGCUGUA